UAAUAGUCGGAACAUAACCAGUUGAGGGUUGCUAUACCUCCCUACUUAUAAUGACAUUAACUUCAAAACAUUUUUUAAAAAGUCUAAAUACAUUGUCUAUAUCUGAAACAUAGGGAUGCGGUGGACCAAAUGGUUAGAGCGUUGGCCUCACAUUUCUGGGGAUCGGGAUUCAAAUCCCGGCCCCACCUGUGUGGAGUUUGCAUGUUCUCCUCGUGCCUGCGCGGGUUUUCUCCAGGCACUCUGGUUCCCUCCCACAUCCCCAAAAACAUGCACGAAUUGGAGACUCUAAAUUGCCCCUCGGUGUGAAUAUGGGUGCGACUGUUGUCGCUCUCCAUGUGGCCUCCGAUUGGCUGGCAAACAGUUCAGGGUGUACCCCGCCUCCUGCACAAUGACAGCUGGGAUAGACUGCAGCACUCCCGUGACCCUUGUGAGGAUAACUGGCUCAGAAGAUGGAUGGAUGGGGAUAUUGGUAGCCUUCUAUUGAUAAAAGAAAAAUAUACAAAGAUCCAUAGAAGAACUUUAAAUUUACAAAAAGUGGCAACAAACAAUGGCAUGACAAUCAUGUAUUCUCAUAUUUUUGUGGUCCAAUGAAGUUAUCUUAAACUCAUGAAAUAGCCCUGGAAAAAAAAAAAUCACGUAACCCUUAACUUUAUACUCUAAAACGACAUUUAUUGUUAUACCUGCAAUGAGACUUUCAGCAUGUCCCACUAUUCAUGAGCAAAAAGCGCCAACGUUCUCAGGUUUGAAGAUUGGAUGUUUGACUUCUGUCACAUACUUCAAGUACACGAGUAUUUACUGUAUAGCACAACUCUUCACAAUAGUCUGACAUUGUGUUUGUAUCCAAUCUUGGUUUUUUUUUUUUUUUUUUAUUAGCUGUGUGCUUGUGCCUUUAUCCGUUUGGAAGACCCAUGACCAAGAUUUUUCAGUCCAGAUCUCCUUGACGGUCUUGACAUUUCUUUUACACACAGCACAGGUUCAAGACACCCUGUACACCCCCAAAACAUAACCAAUCCUCCACCAAGUUUCACUCUACACACGACAAAUAAAAACUUGUUAGUACACAUUUGUGACAGAAAGAAAAAAUCCCACAAUUGUCUCAGGAAUACUGUUCCAUAGGCCUGCCAAUAUGCAUUUAAGCAAUUUUCAAUCUCAUCAGUUUCAUGUUAUUGUAGAAAUGAAUUGUAUAUUUUUUUCACCCAUUCACAGAGGGAUACCAACAAUUUUGUCCACGUGUGUACAAUAAACACUAAACGGCAUGAGGGGUGAGAAGGUAACCGGGGUCCCUUACUGUACAGCAGCCGUGUGGCUGCAUCGUACACAAGUCAAUGUAGGAGACCUCUGAACUGAGAUAAAGUGCAAUGAAAGUGAGCACAUUAUACGACCGCCCUGCUGCAAGAGCCACCAACGCUUAGAUAAAGUCAUUUUAUGGCCGUGGGAUAUUAUAUCAGUUGGAUGGAACACUGGGUUCAUGUCCGUGCACAACAACAUAUACUUACAGUGUCUGAUAGUACAGAAUUUGGUGUCAAGUGUAUUAUUAAUGAUCUGCAGUGCUUUAAGAACGAAUCAUGGUGGAAUCUUAAAGGUUUUAUUAUACUUAUAUGAUGAUUCUGUGAGGGGAUUUGAGCAGAUUUAGAUUCUCGUUAUGUCCAAAAGGUGGCAGUGUUGAGUUUUAUACUGGUGCAGUGGAAUUAACAGUUUCACUUUUUUUUUUUUUGUCGUUUUCUUUUACAUGAACUUCGAUAAAGUCAACAACCCAUGCAUGUGGGACAUGUUACAAGCUGUAUUUGGUGUCAAUAUUGUAAAACACGCGUUUAAGUAUGCACCUAGUGUGGAGUUACUAAGUGACGACGUAAAAAUGAAAUGCAUUAAUAUUUAAAAGAAAUUUGAUUAAAAGUGAUCGUUUUAGGAAUCAGAAAUGAAUCCAAAGGCAUGUACGUUGCUCUACUUUCCACUGACAUACAGGAAAAAAAAAGUGGUUGUAAUGCAAACAUGCGUAAAAGAGUUGGGGAAAGUCUGCUUCCCAGCUCAGUGUCAGCUGACGGCCUUUGACAGUUGACACGAGAGAGGUUGGGGGUGUGGGGGGGGGGGGUUGAGUUUGGUUUCUGUAGUCGACUAAUAUGCUAAUUAGCUCUCGGAGUGUGCGACCCCAUUGGCUCCUCGUCCGAGACAAUUUCCCACUUGCAGCCUGACGUCAUGUCAGCUCCAAAGCUCUUAAACUCAACUGCUGUGUGAUGCCCGCUUCAAAAAAUCGCUCCCGCGUCCAACCGUCGCUCGCUCGCCCGCCCGCAGCCCGCCGCCUCGGGUCGCGAUGUCUCCGUGAGAGAACGGGCCGCGUGAAAAGUUGUGUUAAAUGUUCGAAAUACAACACGCGCGCCGAGAAGGGACGCCGCUCUUCGUGUGCGCGACACCGGGCCGGUGUGCGUGCGCGACAGCCUCCGCCGAGCGACGGCCGAAGUAGUCCGAGCACGCCCGGCGCGACGGCCGCUCUCCAGCCCGCCUGGAGGACUGUGAGCAGCGGCGGCGGCAGCAGCAGCAGCAAGAGGAUGGCAUCAGAGCUGGCAAUGAGCAACUCCGACCUGCCCACCAGUCCCCUGGCCAUGGAAUAUGUUAAUGACUUCGAUCUGAUGAAGUUUGAAGUGAAAAAGGAGCCGGUGGAGCCCGAUCGCACCAUCAGCCAGUGCAGCCGCCUCAUCGCCGGGGGAUCCCUCUCUUCCACGCCGAUGAGCACGCCCUGCAGCUCUGUGCCCCCCUCCCCGAGCUUCUCGGCGCCCAGUCCGGGCUCGGGGAGCGAGCAGAAGACGCACAUAGAGGACUUCUACUGGAUGUCCGGUUACCAACAGCAGCUCAACCCAGAAGCGCUGGGCUUCAGCCCCGAGGACGCGGUCGAGGCGCUCAUCAACAGCAGCCACCAGCUCCAGUCGUUCGAUGGCUACGCCAGAGGCCAGCAGUUCCCGGGCGCCGCCGGCCCAGGAGGCGCCAUGGCCGGGGAGGAGAUGGGCUCCGCCGCGGCGGUCGUGUCGGCGGUCAUCGCUGCGGCCGCAGCUCAGAACGGGGCACAGCACCAUCACCACCACCACCACCACAACGGGGCCGGGGGAGGAGGAGGAGGGGGCAGCGGAGGCGCAGGUGGCGGUCACCACCACCACCACCACCACCAGGCGCCGGGCAUCCAGUCCAACGGCGUCUCCGGGACGAACCACCACCCGCACAUGCGCCUGGACGACCGCUUCUCCGACGAGCAGCUGGUCACGAUGUCCGUGCGGGAGCUGAACCGGCAGCUGCGGGGGGUCAGCAAGGAAGAAGUGAUCCGGCUCAAGCAGAAGAGGAGGACCCUCAAGAAUCGAGGCUACGCGCAGUCGUGUCGCUUCAAGCGCGUCCAGCAGCGGCACGUCCUGGAGGGCGAGAAGACGCAACUGGUGCAGCAAGUGGAGCACCUCAAGCAGGAGAUCUCCAGGCUGGUCCGGGAGAGGGACGCGUACAAAGAAAAGUAUGAGAAGCUCAUCGGCAACGGCUUCAGAGAAAGUGGCUCGAGCAGCGACAACAACCCUUCAUCUCCGGAGUUUUUCAUUGCGAUGGCGUUUCAGCUGUGUUGAAGUGCACCACCACCCAACUCUUAUAGGCUGCAAUGAAUAUGAUGGAAGUGGAUCAGCGGGGAUCCUGGUUCAAGGAGGGGGAAUUUUUUUUUUUUUUUUAACUGUUAUUUAAAUAGUAUUCCUCUGCAUUUGACUAAUGAUGAAAGUGUAAUAUAAGUACAAAGUUUUAUAAAUUUACAUUGAAGAAUAGAUUAAAAAAAAAGUGCCACCGUUUAAUGCAUAUAGAUGACUAAUAUAGUUCCGAUGCAAAAACAUUUGGACAUGAUUUGAUGUGACUGGCUCGGGUCAAUUGGAUGCGGUGAGCAGGAUUGUACAGUGAAUUUGCAGCAUAUAAGCGAGAACUCCCUUUGCCACUAUUUUCAAAAAUUCUAAAUUGUUCAGCGUGCAAUGCUUUUAAAAAGAGUUUUGUUAAGAAGUUGAAGUAUUGUGAGUGCAGUGCACUAAGCGUUCUGGCAGUAAAUGACUGGUUUCCACGGUUAUUUGGCCCUCUUAGGUAUUCGUAACAUGCAAUACUUUCAUUAUCACUUCAGGAAAGAAGAUGAUGUGUUGAACUCAAAGUCGAUAUUUGCAAAGCAAUAAUUCUUAUAAUAAUUGAUCAUGUCUGGACAUUGUCAGAUGGUCAGGGAUUGAUACCCUGCAUGUACAAAUAAAAAACGAGGGAGCUCCUUUUGACAAAUAUGUGAAUUAAUCUUCCAUCAUACAUACAUAUAAAUAUAGAAAUAUAUAUAUUUUGCUGUGCAAAAUGAUUUCACUCACUAACCAUAUGUGAUGUUCA